AUGUUGACCAUUACUCUUCUUGCCCUUCUCUGUGCAUCAGCCUCGGCCAAUGCCAUUCAGGCUAGGGCCUCCUCCUACAAUGGAGAGUAUGGAGGCGGUGGAGGCCAGCGAUUCUCCCAUUCUGGUUACCAGCUGGAGGGGCCCAUCACUGCCAUCCGUAUCCGGGUCAACAGAUACUACAUCGUAGGGCUCCAGGUGCGCUACGGCAAGGUGUGGAGCGACUAUGUGGGUGGCAGCCAGGGAGACCUGGAGGAGAUUUUCCUGCACCCUGGGGAGUCAGUGAUCCAGGUGUCUGGCAAGUACAACUCCUACCUGAAGCAGCUGGUCUUUGUGACUAACAAGGGCCGGAACCUGUCUUUUGGGACAGACACAGGCACCAGUUUCAGUGCUGUCCCCUUGUACCCCAAGACCGGUCUACGAUUCAUCAGCGGUCAUGCUAGCAUCUUCAUCAACGCCAUCGGCCUGCACUGGGACGUCUACCCCAGGAAGUGA